AUGAUCUGGGCUAUGACAGAACUCGUUAGAAACCCUAGAGUGAUGAAGAAAGUACAAGAAGAGAUCCGAGCCACACUCGGAAACGAAAAGAAGAUAAUCACCGAAGAUGACCUAAGAAAAGUUGAUUACUUACAACACGUAAUCAAAGAAACAUUGAGAUUGCACCCACCAGUUCCACUUGUGCCUAGACAAACAAUGUCCCACGUCAAGAUCCAAGGCUACGAUCUUCCCCCGAAAACAUCAAUCCAAGUUAACGUAUGGACGAUAGGGCGUGACCCGAAGCGUUGGACCGACCCUGAAGAUUUCAUCCCUGAACGGUUUAUCGAUUCUUCUGUAGAUUUUAGAGGGCAGAACUUUAACCUAUUACCGUUUGGCUCUGGUCGAAGGAUAUGUCCGGCGAUUCCAAUGUCGGUUGCUGGUAUAGAAUUGGCACUGUUGAACUUUCUUUACUUCUUCGAGUGGAGAUUGCCUGAUGGGGUGAAUAUUGGAGACAUUGAUAUGGAGGAAGCUGGGACUCUCUCCGUAGUCAAGAAACUACCUCUCGACAUAUUUAUAGCAGGAGUUAACACAAGCGCAUACACAAUGAUAUGGGCAAUGACCGAACUGAUAAGAAACCCGAGAGUGAUGAAGAAAGUGCAAGACGAGAUCCGAACAACACUUGGGAACAAGAAACAGAGAAUCACAGAACAAGAUCUCACAAAACUUCAUUACUUCAAGCUAAUGGUUAAGGAGACAUUAAGGUUACACCCUCCAGCUCCACUUUUGCUCCCAAGAGAGACUUCGUCUCACAUCAAGAUCCAAGGCUACGAUAUUCCCGCAAAAACUAAGAUCUUGAUCAACGCUUACGCGAUUGCACGUGACCCAGAGCUAUGGACAAACUCGGAUGAGUUUAACCCUGACAGGUUUCUUGACAGUUCCGUAGAUUACAAGGGACUGAACUUCGAGCUUUUACCGUUUGGGUCUGGUAGGAGAAUUUGCCCAGGAAUGCCAUUAGGGAUUGCCAUUGUUGAAUUAGGAUUGUUGAAUUUGCUUUACUUCUUUGAUUGGGGAUUGCCGGAGAAGGAAGAAGCCGACAAGAUCAUCAUCGGAAAUGAAGUUGCUCUUGACCUCUUUCAAGUUUUUCACCACUAGAAAUCUGAUUUCUUUGUUACAACUUCUGGUUGGUAAGAAUUAAGACUCAUGGAGUCUACAGUCUACUUAUCCGACUUAUUAGUUUGGUUAUUCAACGUUUGUGCUAUUCAGAAGUUGUUGAAGUAUUAGAAAAACCUAAAAAACGAAUACGUAUUCGAGUAUAAUUCUCAAAAUGAAAUUGGGCCCCGAUUUCAAAGAUUCGCUAUUAAUUGC